AUGGUUAGAGUUCCGAGUCUCAUUGAAAGAUAUGCAAUCCCGGGUACUGGUUUUGACUAUCUGUCAAAGUGUGUCAAAUUCUGUAGUCUGUACUAUAGUGUGUUUCUCAAAUCUGUUCCAAAGGAAGUUCCUUCCGUUCCACAUCAACGCUACCAUGAGUUUAGUUCAGUCAAGGAAACUCAGUUUUUUGGAAAAGAUAUAUGUAAGCAUGAGAAUAUAAAGAUCUCACCUGUGUUUGAUGGAGAUCAGUGUACAAUUUUUUUCCGGACCUCAUUUGCAUCUAAUUUGGAGACUCUUUUUUCAGAUAAUGGAAACAACAACGAUCUUCCAACCACUGCAAAAGCUAAUUACAACCCGUAUGGCGUCAGCCCAACCGGAAGAUUUACCAAUGGGGCAACGGAAAUUGACAUAAUUGGCCAACUACUUGGAUUCAAGAAUUUCAUCCCACCAUUUGCAAACAAUAUUGGCUCAGGCAUACUUAAAGGUGUUAACUAUGCAUCUAGUUCGGCUGGAAGUCGUAAUGAAACUGGCAAACUUACGGCGGGUACUAAUAUCGCCUUGGGAUUACAGAUAGAAAAUCACAAAACUAUAGUUGCUCAAAUUGCUAACGAGCUUGGAGGUUUUCAACAAGCUGCACAAUAUCUAAAUAAGUGUUUGUAUUAUGUUUAUAUAGGCACCAACAAUUACUCGUUAAAUUAUUUCCAACCAGAACUCUACAACACAAGUGGCACCUAUAACCCUGAGGAGUAUGCUCAAGUUCUAAUUGACGAGUUAUCUAUUUAUCUACAUGCUUUGUAUGAUGUUGGGUCAAAAAAAUUUGUGCUACAUGGGCUUGGCAAAAUAGGUUGCACUCCAAACAUCGUCCGUGCUAAUAGUGCGAAUAAUGGAUCAUGUGUUGAAGAGUUAAACGAUGUUGAAGCAAUAUUUAGUGAGAAGCUUAAAUCUCUAGUAGAUCAAUCCAACACCCUAUAUGUUGAUUCCAAAUCCAUUUUUAUAAACACUACUGCCAUCAGAAUAGACGGUUCACUUGGUUUUAGAGUGUUUGCUUCUUCUUGUUGUCCAAUUAAGUCAGACGGGUUUUGUAUUCGUGAUUCAAUACCAUGCACGAAUAGAAAUGAAUACAUUUUUUAUGAUGGAAUGCAUCCCACAUUAGCUGCGAACAAUAUCAUCGCAUCACUUGUGUAUGAUAGUACUUCUAAUCCAGAGGUAACCUAUCCAACGGAUAUCAAACGUCUUGCUCAACUCGUUAUAUAAAUAAGUUCAAGUUAUAGGCAUGACCUUAAAUAAGCUCAAUUUAUUUGCAUAAUAGAACGAUAAGUUCAACUUAUUACGUGUAAGCAAUAAGCAAUCAUAAAUUGAGUAGAAUAAAUUAGGAUUGAUGUGUCAUAAUCCGUAAUAUUGUGUUGGUGGCUUAAUUUGAUGUUGGAAUUAUUUCUCGUUAAAUGUAAUUAUUAAUUAAUAUUAUAAUGUUUACUA